AAUAAAUAAAAUGGAACAAUUCGUAAUUCCAAAAACUUUUAAGGCAGCUUAAUUAGUUGAAUACGGAAAAGAUUUAUAGAUUGCAGAGAUAGAAACACCAGUAUUAAAUGAAGGAUAAGUUUUAAUAAAGGUAGAAGCAGCUCCUGUUAAUCCAUCAGACUUAUAAUUAUAAGCAGGAUUAUAUCCAGCAGGAAAGGUAUUACCAGCAGUCCCAGGAAUAGAAGGAUCAGGAAUUAUAGUUCAAUUAGGGUAUUAUUUAAAGAUAUAUAUAGACCUAAUGUUGAAAAUGUUAAAGUAGGUACAAAAGUUGCUUUCACAGCUCAUUCAAAUUAUGGUAGUUAUGGAUAGUAUUCUGUUACUUCUAGUUAAUCAGUAAUUCCAUUAGAUGAUGAUAUUUCUUUUGAAGUUGGUGCAUCAUCUAUUGUGAACCCUGUUACAGUUAUGCUUAUGUUAGUAGAAACAUAAGAAUUGGGAUCUAAGGCUAUAGUUCAUACUGCUGCUGGUUCAGCAUUAGGAAGAAUGUUAGUUAAAUAUUUUUAAGAAUCUGGAAUUGAUGUUAUAAAUAUUGUCAGAAGAUAAGAAUAAGUUGAUUUACUUUAAAAAGAAGGUGCUAAAUAUGUAUUAAAUUCAACUUCAGAAACAUUCUUUAAAGAUUUAAAUGUCUUAGCCACUUAAUUAAAGUAACUUUUAUUUCUAUUUAUUUUAGUGCCACAGUUUUCUUUGAUGCAAUAGGUGGAAGUUUAACUGGUUAAAUACUGAGUUAAUUACCAAAUAAAUCCACUGCUUUAGUUUAUGGAUUAUUAUCAGGAUAAAAUAUUAGUGAUGUUACUGCUAAUGAUCUACUUUUCAAAAGCAAAACUGUUAAAGGAUUUUGGUUAUCAACUUCAGUGCAUAAAUAUAAUCCUUUUACAGAUGUUAAUGCAACCAAGAAACUUAAUGAAUUACUCAAAACAUCUUUAAAAACAGAAUAUUCUAAUCAAUAUCCUUUAGACUAAAUCAAUUAGGGAAUACAAUUUUAUUCACAAACUUAGACCUAAAGGAAAAUAUUGAUUAGACCUAAUCAAUGAAACAAUUAUUAAAUGUAAUAUAAUAUAUUAAACA